UUAAUGCUAUUCCACAUCAACUUCAUAAAAGAACUACUAGGUUUGGAAAAUGUCGCCUCACUACUGCUAAUGGUUCCAUUGUCAUUCCAGACCUACUCACUGUAACAAUUUCACCUGAUCCUGUCGUCCCUGGAAAAGACGACACUUUUAUUGUUAAUGGAAAUCUAACAAAACCCAUUACCAAAAAUGACAGUCUUGUUAUUUUCUUUUCUGACAAUACUGAUGAUCCUCCUCCUGUAGUCAAACUCUUUACUGCGCAAAUUCCAACUGGAACCACAGUUAAUGUAACAACGAAUGUUCCGGUGCCAUCCCCAUUACCUCAACAAUACAGUAUUACAGUUGCUAUUGCCGACCAAUCUGUUAAUCCACCGGAUGCUAAAGCCUGUGCAGUAGCGGUAGCUUUUGUUGACGGUCCCCCUCCUUCUCAUGAUGCACUG